UUCUCCUCAUCCCAUCUUCAUCAAUUACAUCAUCUAUUUCAGAACUUAUUAAGUUCGAAUAUGAACCAGGUAGUAGAAUCAGAAGAUGAGUCAGAAAUCUGCAGUCAAAAAGUCUCAAAACAAAGCAAUUCAUCUCCUUUACUUCACCUUGAUCUAACCCUCCAAAUCGACGAACCUGUUCGUCCGGCGCCGACGAGGGUAUUUUCAUGUAACUAUUGCCGGAGAAAGUUUUACAGUUCACAAGCACUCGGAGGGCAUCAAAACGCACAUAAAAGGGAAAGAACGAUUGCAAAAAGGGCGAUGAGAAUGGGAGAAAUGUGGUCUAUGGAUCGUUACGCCACUCUUGCUUCACUCCCAUUACUUGGGAUUGAGGCUCAUUCAUCGGUCCAUGAAACGGCGGCGGCGGCGGCGGCGCGUAGUUUCCACGUGAGUAGAGGUGGUGGAGCUAGGUUCGGAGAUAGUUAUCGGGUUUUGCCGGCGCCGGCGUUUGAUGAAGGGGAGAUGUUUUGGCCGGGAAGUUUUAGGGGAGAGGAGGGAGAAGUAUUGCCUUCAUUUGUUGUGGAACUACAACAAACAGAUUCAUCCAAACCGGACCUUACAUUAAAAUUGUGAGUUUGAGUUUAGAAUAUUAUUAUGUUAAUGAUUGUGUACAUUGAGAGAUCUAGAAUAAUUUGAUCUAAAUAUGAUCUCUUAGAUAAUGUUUUGUUCAUUUGGUUGGUGGCUUCAUGUUAAGAGUUAAUUAGUU